ACCCCACGGCCCCUUUCCGUUUCAGGCAAUCUUCCCCGUCUCCGGCGCGCGAUAACCGCCACCGCCCACCGCCACCGCCACCGCCGCCGCCGCUCCUCGCCCCCCGAUUCCGGCGCGAGGCCAGCACAAGGACGCGCUUGUUUCCGAUCCCGGUUUCCGCACCGCUCCUCGCCCCAAGAUCAGCACAAGUAGCGCCGCCCCGCGCUUGCUUCCGCUUCCGCUUCAGCUUACCCUACCAUAUGGACAAUGGAGGCGGCGGAGGAGCACCAGCGGACGACGGCGAGGGUGGAGACGGGCUCUUGGGCGGUGGAUUCGCGGGGCCCGUGCUGGGCGGAGGCGGCGCGGCGGGCGUCGGCUUUCCUCCUGGAUUCGCGGCGAUUCCUGUUGCGGGCGCGGAGGCAGGCGCCGCGGGACAGGAUGCGGUGUACGCGGCGGUCCCCGACGCCGACGAGGAAGAGGGUUUCUACGAGGAAGAUGGGGACGAGGGUUUGGGCGACCGUGAUGAUGCAGAAGAGGGGGGGCACAUCUGCCAGGCGUCCAAUCUCAACUGCAAGAAAGGCAGCACUGAUGAAGUUGCAGCUGGAUUGCAGAGCCAGUAUGACAUCGCUGCCUCAAUCAACAAGAAGAGGCCCAAUAAACCAGCCAGGAAGCCAUGUGCCCUAUGCUACAUGGAAUCUUUGCAAUCGGGGGUCUACAAGGAGAGGUUCUUGGAUGCUGGGGGGAUGGAGCCACACUACAAGCGCGUCCACCCCAAAUUCAUGUCUGAGAAUAAGGGGAGGACGUUCCAGUGCACAAAAUGCAAGAAUUAUUUCAAGAACAAGCAAGACCAUGACUGGCAUAACCAAGCACUCCGAGAAAAUCAUUAGCACGCUUGCUGAAUGUGGAGGUGGAGGCAUUCCUGUGAAAUUGGAAAAACUGGUUAAUAAUUCCCCGGAGGAUGCUUUACUUGCUCAGCUACAAAAUGGUCAUGAACCAGAGGUUCCUUUGGCUGUCAUUCUUCAGUAUCUCAUGAGGCUUAUGGAUGAGGAUCGUAUUAGGAAGGAAUUGGAAUUGCUAUCAUCAGUACCCAAAAGAGCAUCUGACUGUGAGAAAGAGCUUCUCGAAUCAUGGAGAUGGGAGACAACCGAUGGAGAUGAUUUGGCAGAGAGGAAAAAGAUCUUGAGCAGGGCUAAGGAAAUUGUCUUUGAGCUCAUUGAUUCCGAAGUCACUUUUCUCAACAUUCUGUACAUCAUGUACAAGUUCAAGCCUUAUUUUCAUUCUGCGAUUGGCUCUGCACAAGUUGGGAUGCUAUUACCUGAUGCUGAGGUGGAUUACUGGAAAAAAUGGCUUUUGAAAAAUUGUCAAGUAGAUUAUCUUACGGUCAUCUCACCUAUGGCAAAGGCCUGCCUAUGGGAAAAACUGGCUAAUAAUCCUCGUCCACAAAAUGGUUAUGAACGACAGGCUGGAAACAUCACUGUGUACAGAGUUGUGGAAUCAGUUCUUGAGAGGUUGCACAUGGCACAAACUCCUUUGCAUUUUGAGUUCAAGGGUGAAUCUCUGGUGCCAAAAUUUCUUGGUUGUAUAUGCCAAACGCACACUCUUUUUGGGUUACACAUUAUUGAGAAGAAAUGCAACUGUGUGAAUGAGGUCCCCACUAAAACAGCAGAGUUGGCCAUUAGUCAUGUCUAUAAAGGUCUGCAUUCAGAGAGCAUGUAUACUCUGGCGUCUGCGGUAUGCUGUGAUGAUGAGGGGCGAUCCUUUGCUUGCGACAUGGACAUGAUGAAGGGCAUAGUCAAGUCUGGCUUUAAGCAUGCCAAGAAGCGUGACCCUGGACUGUUGCUGUGAUAUAAUCGACGCCCACUAGACUGUUCCUGGGUCCUCUGCAGCAAAAAGUUUGAUGUGGCUUUAGCAUUGUAGGUUUAGCAUUGAGGCAGUCCUCUGAUCCUCUCCUGGAGCACAUCAAGGAUUGCAACCGUUUGCUGACUGCUGUUGUGAUGUUGAGUGCUGAGGCAUUGAAUAGAGAGCAUCUCCCAUUCUCCUUUGCUUUGAGAUCAUCGCGCCCAGCCCACGGCAUGGUCAUGUAUAUACAAUACAGGAGAUUACAUACUUGGUGAGAUCGACAAUUCGACAUUUCUCUUCUGGGUUAGAUUUACGCCAGAAAAAAAAAAGUCUGUCGUCUGUUCUGUUUGCUACUA